AUGAAACUUUUUAAGAUAUAUAUAGCAAAAUUUCAAGGGCUAAAAACAUAUUAUACUUAUUCUUCGUUUGAUAUUCUGGAUAAUGAUGUUUAUAGUUAUGAAUGUAAUGAGCCGGAAUACCAAUUAGAAUCAUUUCCUCAUUUUAAAAAAUUCUGUUACAUAUUAACAAAAAACAUCACAAAUGUUUGUCUUAAAAUACAUAAAUUACCCGGUAACAAAGAAAGUUGCGAUGAUCUAAAUUAUUGGACAUAUUAUUAUUUAAUUAAUAACAAUUUUAACAUUAAUAAUGAUGAUAUAUCACAAUCAGAGAUAAUUACCUAUAUCGAUAAAUUAUGGCAAUAUUAUUUUGAUACUUUUAAAAAUUGUAAUUUCCGCAAAUAUAAUAUAAGUGUUUCCGAUUUUAAUAUAAUGAAACAGUUGUAUGAUUAUUCUAAAAAUUAUUCAUUUCUUCAGUUCAAUUUUAAUCAAAAUUUUGGGCAUAAUUUAAAAAAGUGCUAUUGUACAUAUAUUAAACAAAUUAAAAAUUUAUAUAAUAAAAUAGGAAAUGAGUGCUCAAAGUUAACAGAUAAACAUUAUUGUACCCUAUAUAAUGAAUUGAAAGAAAAAGAACCUAAUAAGCUGUUUUCGAAUCUAUCUUGUAGUUCUAUAGGUGUACAUGGAUAUUUGGUAGAAGGAGAUCCGUAUUUAGUAAAUUCCUCACAUUUGACUUCUCCAAUAUAUAAAUUUACAGAUAUUAUCGACGAAUUUUCUCAGAAAAAUGUAUCUGUGAAAAUUGUUCUGCCGCUUUCUAUAUGCUUUGUUGAAUCUUCUAUGCGUAUUAAUUUAAUGAAUCAAUGUGAAGCAAAAGAUGAUUAA